AUGGAUAAGUGCUUGUCGAAGUGGAGUAUGGAAGUGUGUGGGAAAGCGUGCUUUUUAAGUGUGGAUGACUCAUUGCCUGGCUUGGACAGAGGGGUUUACUUCGUGAAACAAAGGUACGAUUUGUCGGCGAAGUUACUGUACAAAUUUUCCACGCUAAGGUCGCUAGAAGUAGAGUUUUACCUUUCAAUUAUGUGCCCUGCGGCUUCAAAAGGGGGUGCAGUUUCAUGGCGAUUUCAGUUUACAAAUCCAAUAUGUGCUCCAGGUGUUGUCAGGCGUCUUUUACGCAACUUUAAGGCCCUCAACCAAAUUGACUUUGUCGCGCCGGUUGUACUCGCGCUUGUAACCGCUUCAUUUGCGUCUUCGUCUACCGCAAUUGAAGAUCGUGAUUUUCACACUCAUUCUGUAUGA